GCUAGCAAUGGUAGGAUUUGAGAUUGGCACGGUUCCGUUCAACCCAGAUGGCUGGGGUCCCCCGGAGACGCCCGCAGCACUCCUCGCCAACCACCCAAGCAACGUCCCCUUUGCUCCAUUCUCUCGCUCUGAGAAGCUCGGCCGCAUUGCAGAUUGGACUCGCAACUACAACAACCCCUCUCGCGGCAACAAAAACCCCUCCGACGCUGUCUUUGAUUUCACCCUAGACGACUCCUCCGCCGCCCUUGCCGCCGAUGACGAUUCCAAUUUUCGCCUUGUCGAUGGCAAACCGCCACAGCGCCCAAGGUUCGGUCCCAAGUGGCGUUUCCAACAGCAACGCCAACUCCCUCAGCGCCGUGACGAAGAGGUCGAAGCCCGCAAGCGCGAGGCCGAGAAGGAACGUGCUCGCCGUGACCGUCUCUACAACCUUAACCGCUCUGGCGCUAAUGUCCAACGCCGUGAAGCUGCUGUCUUCAAGUCCUCUGUCGAUAUCCAACCCGAAUGGACUAUGCUCGAGCAGAUUCCCUUCUCUACUUUCUCUAAGCUCUCCUUCUCUGUCCCUGAACCCGAAGAUCUCCUCUUCUGCGGUGCUCUCGAGUUCUACGACCGAACCUACGACCGUGUCAAUCCAAAGAACGAGAAACGCUUGGAGCGCUUUAAGAAUCGCAACUUCUUCAAGAUUACCACCACCGACGAUCCCAUCAUCCGUCGUCUCGCCAAUGAGGAUAAAGCUACUGUCUUUGCGACCGAGUCUAUUCUUUCUACUCUUAUGUGUGCUCCCAGAUCGGUUUAUUCUUGGGAUAUUGUGAUUCAGCGUGUGGGGAACAAGUUGUUCUUUGAUAAGCGUGAUGGCUCGCAACUUGAUCUGUUGUCUGUUAACGAGACGUCGCAGGAGCCCUUGCCGGAAGCUAAGGAAGAUAUCAAUUCUGCAUAUGCCUUGAGUGUCGAAGCCGCUUAUAUUAACCAGAAUUUCUCGCAGCAGGUUUUGGUUAGGGAUGGUAAUAAAGUUGCUUUUGAGGAGCCUAAUCCUUUUGCUGCUGAAGGAGAAGAGGUUGCUUCUGUUGCUUAUCGUUACCGGCGGUGGAAGCUUGAUGAUGAUAUGUACCUUGUUGCACGGUGUGAGCUUCAGGGUGCCACAGAUGCGAAAGGGCAACAGGCGUUCUUGACCUUGAAUGCCCUUAAUGAAUUUGAUCCCAAGUAUUCGGGAGUUGACUGGAGGCAGAAACUGGAAACGCAAAGAGGUGCGGUGUUGGCUACAGAGCUGAAGAACAAUGCGAACAAGCUGGCAAAGUGGACUGCUCAAGCACUGUUGGCAAGUGCAGACAUGAUGAAGGUGGGUUAUGUUUCAAGAGUUCAUCCUCGAGAUCACUAUAACCAUGUUAUCUUAGCUGUGGUUGGGUAUAAGCCGAGGGAGUUUGCCACACAGAUUAAUCUGAACACUUCUAACAUGUGGGGAAUUGUCAAGUCCAUUGUCGAUUUGUGCAUGAAAUUGGAUGAGGGAAAAUAUGUUCUAGUGAAGGACCCAUCGAAGCCGCAAGUUAGGAUUUAUGAGGUUCCUGCAGAUGCAUUUGAAAAUGAUUACGAGGAAGAGCCAUUGCCUGAGGAGGAACAGGUGCAGCCGCUGGCGGAGGAGGAUGCUAAUGGUGGGGAGCCUUUGGCAUCUGCUAACAAUGUGGAGGAGGAGAAGAUUGAAGCCGAAGUCUGAGGGUAUUGGAGGAUACUGAAAGAUUGUAGGAACAAUUCAGGAGAUUUUGGAUUAGACAAUUCAAUACUACGGUUGGUGAGCCUUGAACUAGUCUGCAUAUUUUUGCUUGCGGUAGAACUUCUGAGGCCCUAUUAUUUGGCCAAAAGGGUUGGGACAACGUGGAAGAGGACUUCAUUAAUUUUGUUUCAUCUUUGUU